UUGAGUUUGUAUCGGAGUUAAAAAGCGGACCAGAGACACACAGAGAGACACAGAGACACACAGAGACAGCGUCUGGAUGAGGAGCAGCGUGACUGACAGGCAGACAGACAGCUGCUGCACAAAGCGGAUAACUAACUGGGAUUAAAAACCACCAAAACACCGGAGAGUUCGUCCUACUUGGCGGUGUUUCGGACUCGGUAACCGGCACCGACGAUGCUCCUGCAGCCUCCUGGCUCAUUCAAACAGCACAAAGUGAAGAGGAACAAGAAAAGUAGCUGCUGGAUCAUCUGGUGCGUGUCUCUGGUGAUGCUCUGCUGCGGUAGGUGAACUCCUGGGAAAACCUUUUUAUUAUAGGACAAGCUGCUUUUUAUUUGGGUUGCUGUUUUGUCGCAGCUAACCAGGACCUUCCUGGCUUGUUUUAAUGGUGCAAAUCCACCGUUUUCCUCCUCAGAAUGUCUUCUUCAUCUUCUUCUUUUUGGAUUUUAAAUGAAACUGGAGAAGUCAGUGAGAGCUGAACCUUUCUCCUCUCCAUCACCAAUUACGCAAGGAAUUUAAUGCAUGAAUUCUUUCUUUUUCAAAGGUCUUUUUUUUAUUAUUAAUUGUCAAUAAUCAAUAGAACAGUCACUACACAUCAAUCAAUCAUAACCUGACAGCAACAUACACACAGGACCUGACUGAUCCUCAAUCAUGGAGACAUAAAAUUCAAAUUGUAGAGAAAAAUAAGACAAGUAAGUCAUGAAAUAAUAAUAAAAAGAAGAGAAGGGAAAAAUUACAAUUUUUUUUUUUUAAUAUAUAUAUAAAUAAUAAUAAGAAUACAUGAAUUCUUAACUGGAGAAACCACACAGACAUCUCUUUUUUCUCCUCUGCUUGUUAUCUACACUAGAAUAACCCUUUUUUUUUUUUGGCACGCACGAUUCAGCUUAUCCAGAGCUCAUCUGAUGUGCAUUGAUUGAUGAUUUUUGGGGACAUUUAUUGUGCACAAGGACUUGGAUUCUCUCAUCUCUUCCUCACCACCCAGUUGUGCCAUUUGGAGCAGGAUAACUUUUAUUCUCCCAUGUGGGAAUAAACCACUGGACUGUAGCUGGACACAUCUUUCUGAAGACGCUCAGAUCCAGAUCUUUUGCGCAUCAUCCAAGUUAAGACCCAUCAGGAAGAAGAGCAGCAUCGUGUGGAGGCUAACACCUGCAGAUCGGUUUAUUUAUCCACCAUCGACUGCUACUGCUACUGCUACUGGGACAACUGGGAUUUAACAUCCUCCUGCUGGGAUUUCUACCAUGUCAGGUGUCCGGGACUGCAGAUGGGCUCUCCUCCUCAUCUGUGUGGUGGUGCUUUCCUCUGCUCUUGCAGGUAAAAUCUCCCCAACCAGCUCGGAUGCCCUCCUCAGCUCCUCAGCAAUGACAGCCAGUCCUGCGCCACCCAACGUGUACCUCCCCGCCAACUUCAAAAUGUCCAAUGCACAACUGGCUUUCUUCUUGCGGGAGGCUCAGAUCACAGGACAAACAGUUGGCGGCGGCGGCGGUGGAGGCGGUGGCAGCAAGAGCAGCAGCAGCCCCAGCACUGGACAUCCGCUGCAGCGCUCUGAGAGUUUUGUGGUUUUCCAGACAAAAGACCUCCCCGCCAUCAACAUAAGCUUUGGGCCCUUUGCCCGGGACCAGGCCUUGUCCAAGGAGCUGCUCCAGCCAGCCAGUCCGCUGGAUAUUCCCGGCCAGCUGACAGUCAACUGGAAGGUGAGGGCCUUCAUUGUCCAGGCUCGGGUCUUCUCCAACAACCCCACGGUCCAGGUGUUUUUCUACAUCGCGGGACGCGACUGGGAUGACUUCAAGGCUCAGGACAAGCUGCCCUGCGUCCGUCUGCAUGCCUUCCGGGACGUCCGUGAAAUUAAAACCUCCUGCCGCAUGAAAGGCAACCUGGCGCAGUGCUUGGCCCAGCUGGAGCUGCCCCCGUCCUGGUUUAACACCAACGUGGCCCCGCUGGGUCGGAGGAAAGGCUCCACCGACGGGCUCCUGGACGGGCUGACCAGUGAGACCCUGCAGGCCGAGCUCUACUACACCCUCCACGGGCCCACUCUAGAUGGGGAGUGCAGCGAGGGCUCAGGUCACAGGGGCGGUGGUGUUUCCAGGGGAGAGCCUCUGUCACAGCACCCCCUGCUGCGCAUCGGCAGCAUCAGCCUGUACCAGGCCAGCCAGGAGCAGCUGCUGGUGGACAAACAGCUGGACAAGAACAUGUUCCUGAGGCUGCCUGAGAAGCCCCUGAAGCCGGGAGAAACCCUCAAGAUCUUCCUCUACUUGAUGCCCAACUCCACCGUCGAGCAGUUCACCCUCCGGGUCAAAGCAAAGAAAGGGGUGAACCUGCUCGAGACCAAGUCGAAGAACGCCCAGUGGAAGGUGGACUGGGAGGUUCAGUCUGGCGCCAAGCACUCCAUCACCACCAUCGACGUGAACAAGAACAAAGCAGUCAAACAGGGGGACGUAUUGGGCAAUGUGGAGGUGAUGCAGUUGGACUUCGAGAUGGAGAACUUCACCAGCCUCUCGGUGACCAGAAGGAUCAACUGGAACAUCGACUACAAGGGGCAGAACCCGCCGCCCGACUCAGAGAAGGUGGUGACGGAGUUGACGGUGGUGCAGCGAGAUAUCCAAGCCAUCAUCCCUCUGGCUAUGGACACUGAGAUUAUCAACACGGCCAUUCUGACCGGACGCACUGUGGCCAUUCCCGUCAAAAUGGUCUCCAUAGAGAUGAACGGAGCAGUCACUGACGUCUCAGCCUUUGUGCAGUGCAAGUCCUCCAAUGAAGACAUUGUUAAGGUGUCCAUGAAUUGUGACUACGUGUUCGUCAAUGGGAAGGAGACGCGGGGAUCCAUGAACGCGAGGGUGAUCUUCAGCUACGAGCAUCUGAGCGCGCCGCUGGAGCUGACCGUCUGGGUGCCCAAACUUCCCCUGCAGGUGGAGCUUUCUGACAACAAUCUGAGCUUCAUCAAAGGCUGGAGGGUUCCCAUUCUGCCCGACCGAAGGAGCACCAGAGACAGCGACGCAGACGACGAAGACGACGAGCGCCGGGUGAGUCGAGGCUGCACCCUGCAGUACCAGCGGGCCCUGGUCAAGGUGCUGACCCAGUUCCACACCACGUCCACAGAGGGCACCGACCAGGUCAUCACCAUGCUGGGGCCCGACUGGCAGGUGGAUGUCACGGACCUGGUCCAGGACUCCCUGAAGGUGGCCGACCCCAGGAUAGCUGAGUUGGUGGACAGGACGGUGUUGGUGGGUCUGGAGCUGGGAUCCACCGUGCUGAAGGUGGAGUCUCCGCUGGCAGUGGACGCCGUGUUGGGAGAGUCGGAGUUCUCGGUCACAGACGAAAAGGUUUCCAUCACGGAGAUGCGUGUUCACGCCGUCUCGGGCCUGACCCUAUCGCUGCAGCCCAGCCCCGGCAACAGCCACACCAUGGUGGCCAAGGCAACUGGCGUCCAGACUCUCACUGCUCCCAAGCAGGAGGCCAGUCUAUCUGUCUGGAUGCUUUUCAGCGACAACACAGCUGCCACUCUGACUUACUUUGAUCCUAAAGACUACAACCUCAACGCCUCCACGCUGGAUGACCGAGUCGUGUCGGUAUCCCAGGAGCCCCAACAACGCUGGCCUGUGGUGGUGGCAGAAGGGGAGGGAUCUGGUGAGAUGGUGCGUUUAGAGAUGACCAUCUGCGAGGCCUGCCAGAAGACCAAACGCAAAAGCGUCAUCGCAGCUGCUGCAGUUUAUGUCAAGGUCCGCUUCGGCCCAGAGGAAGAUUCUGAGGAGGAGGUAACCACCGAGGGCGAGAUAGAGCUGGCGCCCGUCACCCGGCGUCCAAUCAUUGAUCCGAACAUCAAUGGAAGAAUUUAUGAGACAUCUAAUGAGCAGCCUGCCAGUGUUCCCAUUGAUUACACCAAUUUCCCCACCAUUAGCAACCAGGAGCGACCAACUGAGAGUGAUGAAGAGGAGGAAGACGACUUUGUGCAUUCACCUCGCAACAUGACUGACCUUGAGAUUGGCAUGUACGCUCUACUGGGAGUCUUCUGUCUGGCCAUCUUAGUCUUUCUCAUCAACUGCAUCGUGUUCGUGCUUAAAUACCGCCACAAGCGGAUCCCGCCGGAGGGUCAGGCCAACAUGGACCAUUCCCACCACUGGGUGUUCCUGGGAAACGGCCAGCCGCUGAGGGCCCAGUGUGAUCUGUCGCCGCAGCAGGUAGAAAGUCCCAGUAACCCUCAGGAGGGCGUACAGACUUGCUGCCACGGGGACCACCACAGCAGUGGCAGUUCCCAGACUAGCGUUCAAAGCCAGGUCCACGGGCGGGGCGACGGCAGCUCCGGGGGCUCCACGAAGGAGAACGGCGAGGAGGCCAGUUCACCCACCUCCAAGCGCAAGAGAGUCAAGUUCACCACCUUCACCACCCUUCCCACAGAGGAGCUGCCCUACAACUCCAUCCCAAUAGCAGAUGAGGAGGACAUUCAGUGGGUUUGCCAGGAUAUGGGCUUUCAAGACCCAGAGGAACUGCACGACUACAUGCGCAGAAUAAAAGAAAUAGCCUGAGAUAAGAGGUGCGGUGUGAAGCACAGCUCUCAGCUUUCUAAAGAAACGUUCCUUUCUAUUUUUCUCUUUUUCACCUAAGUGAAAGCUAAUUUUUCACAGACUAAAAGGCCAACUGUUGUUUUGGUUAGGGUGUGUUCCAUUUAGUUUGCACAGUGCUGUAAUCUCAUACACGCUCACACAGAAGAGAAUGCAAGGAAGCCAAAGACUUGACCAGAGGAUCUCAAUCACUAGAGGAAUCUGUAAAUCUUGGCUACAUGUUUCACUGGGAAGCUGAGCCAUGGCCAGACGUGAGAGCUGCUCCAGCUUUCUUAUUUUCAGGAUUUGUAGAGAAAGCCUGAUACGGACAGGAGCGUAGAAGAGGUUUUGGUAUUGGCUGUAUUUUCGCUGGCUCGGUGGGACUCUGCAGUACUGUACCUACUCCAAACAAAGAUGCCUUUGAUGAACAAAAAAAACUGUCAAAGACUCUCAUGAAAGCUUAAAAAAAAAAAUCAUUUUGUUUUUGCCAAAGUAGGAAAAGCGUUAUUUUAAUGGCGAAACUUUCUUCAUUGUUGUUCUUGGUGCAGCACACUCAUGAUUUGUACUCAUGUUCAUUCCUUACAUUUUUCUACAUUUCAUAGGUAGUCAAAAAGCAGUGCCCUACUACUAGUCCUCUUGGUCCUGAACAAAUCUAAUGCCUUAUUAAAAAACGGUCACAGUUCACUUCUUAUAUCAGCGCGGACACCCUGUUUUCUCACUACGGCUAGAGACGGUGUAGUAAGAUGUAAAAUACUACGGCUGAUCUCGAGCAUGAGGUCUAAUUAGAGAAGAGCUUGUGUAUUGUGAGGAUCUCUAGCGUGCAUGGACGGGGAUCUUGAGGCACAAUCAGUUUUCCAAAUUUGUAAAUGUUUGUAUUGUAAUUAUAUAAUCAUUCAUACACAUGACUAAAGUAAAUAUGUUAUCAUGCAUUACACGCAUGCCAUGUCAGGCCUACUACAUACACGCAGACAUUCCUCUCCAGUAUGUGUAUAUACCGUAUCGAGCCAGAGUCUCCUCCAGCACCUUCGAUCAACAAGUUACUCAGAGCUAGAAGAGUGGGGAAGUCUUGGAAAUGUUGUAGUCUCGUGGUGAGUAGAAGGUUUGGUAAUGUCACGACCGAUCUGUAGCUUGUUAACAAAGUGGUAUCACAUUUGACUUUUUCUGAGGAUUCUUAUGCAUCAGAAUUGUAACAGAUCUAAUCUUUUGAUGAUAUAAGUUCGGCUGCCCUCUAGCCUUUGGGGAAAACAAUAAAAACUUAUAAUGUACUAGUCGGAAACAUUCUCACUGAACACAAGAAACUCUCCAGGAAAGUUCAUUCACCAGAAAACAAGAUCACUGAAUAAAUUAUUGAUUUUGUGCUCCAUCGUUUAAAUCAUGGCCAUCCCAUGUUGUUUUUAAAACACACUCUACUAUGUACGUAGUCCCAAUUUCCUUUUAAUCUAUUCCAGUGAACUCACAUCUGCAGGUCACAGAUGUGCUUUGUCUGAACUAAACGGACGAGGCAAGAGACUAGCAGCAGAGAAAUCAGUGGUGUUGCUACCAGCAGGUGAGAUAGGUGGAUGUGACGACGCGUAAAAAAGUCUCUCAGGAUGCUGAUUGGCUGCAUUGACAAAUCAAAGUGAUUGAAAACAGCACAGUCAACGGAUGUCAUUUGCAGGUUUUGUCGCGCAGCAAGUGUUACUUCACCCUUCGCUAAGCCCUUACUGUUGCUAGGCCUGUCAAGCUUUCGCACCCGGCAUGUCAAUAUGUCGUUUUCAACGAUAUCAGUGAGAGUUAUUGCAAAGGAAAUAAUGUCCGAUUUUGGGAAUAACCGUUGUGAAACAUCAGAGAGAGGUAGACAGAAAGGACUACAAUAUCCAUUUGUUAGCUCACAAUAUAAUUCAGCAAAAUAUUGUGAACAUUAAAAGCGAGGGAAAAGGUCACCAGCGUCCGACACCCCACGUCUUGACACCUCAUGUGACACCUCAAACAGGUUUCUGCACAGCACUGUUAAGGCCCAGACACACCAAGCCAACAUCAAAGAACUAGCGGCGAUGCAAGUCAACUGCUGCGUCGCCUCACGUCACCUUCGUCUCGGCCAACAAGUUGCAUUCAAACACACCGCAAAGACUCCAGCCGACAGCCAGUUAGCACCUACGUUCUGGUCCUGCUUGACAGGCAUUCUGUGCCUAGUUACGGUUGCUAACGUAGGAUGGACAGUGGCUGUUCUAGGAAGAGGCUUAGCGAAGGGUCAGAUGCUGUAUUGAGCAUUUAAAGGUUAACUGACAUGGAUUUUUACACUAAAGCAGGAGAGAUCUGGAGGGUUUAGAAAAAGCAUCUCAACCGAGAACUGAGAGCAUGAUGACAUCAGAGCUACCAGGAUGUUUAAUUGCAGUCGCCCGUUUUAGCGUAGCUUUUUUGGUCGAUGUUCGGAGAUGACUUUUGAAGGUUGAUGUUAUUCAAGCUCUGAUCUCACAUAAAACAAGUUAUUUUCAGGACUAAUGAGGCAACCAUGUGAUAAAAACAUUAGUUUCCGUGUCACUUUCCUUUAAUUCUGUACUGCAUCUAAGGGCUUGGAUUUUUUCUUUUAUGUUAACUGACUGAUUUUGGUGAGAAAACUAAUGUUGCUCUGUCUGUGGUGAUAAUGAGCGUAAGCUCUAUACGUCACUCAAGACUGUCAAUCAAACACUUUAUCGCCCUCCUACCUGCUUUUCAGCCCCCGCAGCCUUAUUAAAGACCCAAUCCAGAAUUGUUCUCCAACACAAGCUUUAUAUGGGACAUUGAACUAAAGACAUAUUUUAUAUUUACUUAAGAUUUGUUCCCUGAGCUCCUUCAUUCAUUGACUGGCCAUGUGGUUUGCUUACAGCAACAUUGUAAAUACGGGAGCUUUAAUUAUCCACUUAUGUGAAAGUUGCGAUGAGAUUAUUUCCCAUUAGUAAACCAUACCUUACAUUUAAUAUUCUACAUGUAUAUAGAGCCGCAUCUGAUCCUGGAUUGGGACUUUAAGGAUUUGCUUUACUGCAUGCCCUCUCUAUGUUCCAUGUGGUUGAGAUGAACAAUGACCUGAUUCUAGUGUUUUAAUGAUAUUCAAUCUGUGUUAACAUCUAAUGAGAAGACGAGACAUUAUUUUUGACAGUCCAAGCCCGUCCCUUCAGCCACAGCAUCAACAUGAUUUGCCAUGAAAUUAAGAGAAGCAGCAGCAGCAGCAGCCAGCUGGAAGUGAUUCAGUUUUAACCUUAGAUGAUGGUUUCUCAGGAUGAAUGUAGGAUUAUAAACUAAACCUGGCUGUUAAGUGUUAAUGUGGUCAGCCCAAUCUGGUGACACUAUAACAGAUUAAGUAUCUAAUAGCAGCUUUACACACUGUAUUACUCACUCAGUAUGUAAAUAUGUUGCCCACGUCUCGAAAACGUUUUAUUUUUCACAGAAUUUUUACAUCCUACUUCCCCUUCCUCAAGUCUUUUUUUGUAAUGCUGCUUUGGUGACGGUGCACAUAUUGCUCAUUUUGUAUUUUCUUCAAGCUGCUAAUAGAAACUUAGUCUUUUUACUACACGUGGUUGAACAUCUUGAAUUGUACCUUUAUGCCCCUCCAUGGAAAACUGUGCACGACGUGCACGGCUCAGUCGGCUGUGCCAAGUAACCACGACACUCACAAUAAUAUGUUAAUGUACAGAGCACUGUUAAAUUUCCUGUAUUCUCUUGAAAAUAAACCCUUGUAUUUUCCCGUUAUAUGUAAAGUACUAAAGAAAAUGCAAUACACAAA